AUGAAACGCGGGGCAGGUAUGCAAGUCUCGAAUGAUAGAUUGAAAUGGGUUGACUUUGAUAAAGCUUUUGAUAAUCGUUUACAAACAAGUGCUAUUAUAAAUUUAGAUUACAAGGAUGUUAAUGAAUUUAGUCCGAUAAAAGUUUAUACCGUCUUGGUUGCAAAAUUUAAAAAAGAUUCAAAUGAUGGAAAAGAGGAGUUUGAUUUGAAAAGUUUUAUCGCGAAAACAGAAGAAAUUUUGAUGACAACCCAUUUGGAUGAGUGGUAUAAUGUUAAUGUUAAGCAACCCACUUUGAAAAAGAUUGAAGAAUUCCAAGAGAAGGAUUCUAAUUGGAAUCUUGAAUCUAUUCACAGAAUUGAGUUUCCUGUUGCAUUGAAAGACAUUGCAAAAUUUGAAGAUCUAAAUAAUAAUAUUUCAGUUAACGUAUAUGGUCUGUCAAAACGAAAUGAGAAUUUUAGUGUAUAUCCUCUACAUCUCACAAAACAAAAGAGAGUGGGCCAUGUUAAUCUUUUACGUAUUGAAGACCAUUACAUAGAUGAGAGUCUUAGUGAAAAAGAAGAAGAAGAUGAACAAUCAAUCAUCUCUUUCAACUAUCACUAUGUCUGGAUAAAAGAUUUAUCGAGACUUAUUGGAUCACAGUUGUCUAAAAAAAAAAGUAAAAAGUACAUCUGUGACCGUUGCCUCCAUUAUUUUGGAGAUGAACUAAAGUUUUUUGAACACGAAGAAAAUUGUCGAAAGAUGAAUGAUACAAAAAUUAGGUUGCCGCAACAAGGUAAAAAUACUAUUGAAUUUAAAAAUUUUCAAAACAAAGAACGUAUACCUUUUAUUAUUUAUGCGGAUUGUGAGAGUCUUUUAAUUCCUGUGGAAACACCACAAGAGACAAACAAAACUGAAGUCUUUCAAAAUCAUAAAUUACUUAGUAUUGGUUACUAUUUAAAAUGUGCUUUUGACGACUCCUUGUCUGUGUACAGUGCUUCUCCAAUAGAUGAGGAAGACCCAGCAAAGUGGUUUUCCAAGGAAUUAAAAGACUUGUCUAACAAUUUAGAUACUCGAUUUAAAAAUCCUGUGCCUAUUGAAAUAUUAACUCCACAGCAAAUGGCAGCCUUUAGAAAUGAUAAUACAUGUCAUAUUUGUAAAAAGAAAAUUGCGCAUGGGGAAGUAAAAGUAAGAGAUCACUGUCAUCUAACAGAGAAGUUUCGUGGACCCGCACACCAAGAAUGUAAUAUUAAUUAUCAUGAAUCGCAGACCAUACGUGUUGUUUUUCAUAACCUAAGCGGUUAUGACGCUCAUUUUAUUAUUGAAGCUAUUGCUACGGAAUUUGAUGGUAAAGUUGAUCUGCUUCCGAUAAACAAAGAAAAGUAUAUCAGCUUUACUAAAAACAUAAAAAACAGUUUUGUAAAGUUUCGCUUUAUUGAUUCCUUUAAAUUCAUGGCAUCAUCUCUGGACAAGUUAGCAUCCUAUCUCGAUGAAUAUAAAAUUGUAAAUUCAAUUUUUUCCAACUACAGCGAUGACAAAAUUCAAUUAUUAACGCGAAAAGGAGUUUUUCCCUAUGAGUAUAUUGACUCGAGGGAAAAACUCGUUGAGACUCAAUUACCACCAAAAAAAAAUUUUUAUAGCACUCUAAACGAUUCAAAUGUUUCUGACGAGGAUUAUGCUCAUGCGCAGAAUGUGUGGAAUGAAUUUAAUUGUCAAAAUCUCGGUGAAUAUGUGUACUUGUAUAUGAAAACUGAUAUUUUGUUACUUGCGGACAUUUUCGAAAAUUUCAGAGAUCAAUGUUUAAACGCGUACGGUCUUGAUGCAGCACAUUAUUAUACGACACCCGGUCUAACCUGGGAUGCCAUGUUAAAGUAUACAAAUGUAAGAUUGGAACUUCUCACCGAUAUUGAUAUGGUGAUGUACAUUGAACGAGGAAUAAGAGGUGGGGUGAGUCAGUGCACUAACCGAUAUGCAAAAGCUAAUAAUCCAUACAUGGAGAAAUUUAAUGACAAAAAGGAGACAUCUUACAUCGUAUACUUUGAUGCAAACAACCUUUAUGGUUGGGCCAUGGUCCAGUCGCUUCCCUAUGGUGGUUUCGAGUGGGUAGAAAAUGUCAACAAUAGUUUUGAUUUUAAUGUUCCAGAUGAUGCACCAUUUGGCUACAUUUUAGAAGUUGACUUAGAUUACCCCAAUGAACUGCAUGAGAAACAUAGUGAUUUUCCGUUUUGCCCUGAACGGAUGUUAAUGGAUGUUAAAUUAGUGACAAAGUGGGAGGGUAGGUAUGGAGCUGAAGCUUUGAUCUCAAAACCUAACUUCCACAGCAGAACCAUCUUUAAUGAAAACUUGGUUGCUGUGGAACUUAAGAAAAUUGAGGUUUUUAUGAACAAGCCACUCUAUAUCGGCCUUAGUGUAUUAGACAUUUCGAAAACAUUAAUGUAUGACUUUCAUUAUGAUUAUAUGUUGCAAAAGUAUGAUGAAAAGAAAUGUAAAUUCUUGUAUACUGAUACGGACAGUCUCAUUUAUGAAAUCAAGUGUUCAGAUGUCUAUGCAGACAUGAAAAUAGAUAUUCAUAAAUUUGACACUUCGGAUUAUCCCGUAAAUAAUGUGUAUGGUAUUCCGCAAGCCAACAAAAAAAUGUUAGGUCUCAUGAAAGAUGAGUGCAGUGGUAAAAUUGUAACGGAAUUUGUUGGCUUGCGGAGCAAAAUGUACAGCGUGCGAGUUGAAAAUCAAGACUUUAUUAAAAAAGCUAAAGGCGUAAAAUCUAGCGUUGUAAAGAAAACGAUCACUUUCGACGACUAUAUAUCUAAACUUCACAAUGUGUAUACUUUAAAGGAAUCGAAAAUUGCUCUUAGUCCUUAUGAUGACAAAAGAUUUUUGUUAGCUAAUAGUACGGACACUCUUGCAUGGGGUCAUUGUAAAAUUCGAGAAAUUAUGGAUGAUGAUGAACCAAUGUAA